AUGGGCUCCUGCUACAGAGCUCAGGAGAGCGAUAACAGCAGCCACGCCAAUCUGGAGUUCCUACUCAAAGACAAGGCCGAGAUCUUGACAACACCUUGUCUCUUACUGAGUCUCUUCACCAGUCUGAAUCUCUGCUCUGGGAAAUUUGGGACGCCCAUAACUGAUGAUGUGAGCAAGCUGACGCUGCUGAAGCAGAAUAUCCCCUCUGAUUAUGAAAUUCCUGUUAGUUACAUUCCCAAAGAAGUGGCUGACACCUGCUGGGUGGUGCUAAAUAUUUAUCCCCUGGAGCAGAGUCUUCGUAAGCUGGCCAAUAUGUUUGGCACCAUCUCCUCCAACAAAGAAAACAUCAUCGUCUUCAUCGCCAUGUUGAAGAGCUUACGCUUCACUUUUGAUCACGAGGAACUGGAAACGUCCAUGCAGGUCUUCCAGUGUCAUUACCAGGAAGGGAGCCUCAUGUCUGGCCUUUAUUUCGACUACAUCAAAGAGGUCUUACAGGCUGCAGCUCAGGAGACGGCCGCAAACUUCUCGUGCAAGCCGCCGCCUUGUCUUAAUUCUCAACAAACACCAGGAGGUCUGGAGGACACUCGGACGUCCAACUGGACCAAGAGAAUGCCUUUGCUUCUGGUUCUGAUCCCAUUCACAGCCGCCGUGGUUCUCAUUGUGUGGCUGGUGAAGUCCAGGAGACGUUUACCGCCGUGCAGCUCUGAAAAUAGCCAAGCGACACCUUCUGACAUGGUUCCGAGUGUGUCUGUCUCCAUUCCACUUCAGACACUCGCCCACGCUGCAGACACUCAGCCAGCGGGGGAGGCCAUCCCUGAGGAUGAAAGUGGAUGAAGUACAAAAUUAUAGUAUGAGGACAGGGAAAACUCAGACAGCAGUUACACAACUCUUUCUCCUGGCUGCACUGUUAUUGGCCAGAGUCUGUUGGACGCACACUUUUGCGGAUAAGAAAGGUUUCCCAUCUGAGAAGACGGCUGUGUCACUGAUCUCCUCCGGCAUUCCCAACACCUGAUCACACAUCGAGGGAAGCACAGCAACAGCUGUUUUUUUCUGCCCAAAAUGGUUGACAUCCUCUCGCUCCGGGCUGUGUUGAACUGCACUUUUAUGGCUUGGUGUGAAGAGAACGUACUAAUAUAUUUUCCAUCUCCUCCAACUUGGCACUUAUGACAUUAAAAGUGCUCCCAGGUUUUGAGCAGCAGUCAAAAGUAUGACGGACGCCAUUUUACCCCGAGGUGGGAUUCUUGUUAUUAACUGCGUCCUGGUGGUGACAGACCAUCCUGUCCUGUCCCUGCUGCAGCGUCAACACAUCCUGUGCCUGUUUAAUGACUCUCUGCUGAAAUGCAUUAUGGGCAAACAAACAAAGAAAAAGAGAAAAAAACUGAAGCGCAACAGCGGCUCGUCUUGUACUUGUUGUUGAAAUUAUUAUGAUCUGUGAUCUGUCGCAAAUUGUGAAUCUGCGAGUCACAAACAACACACUGAGCAGCUCAACAAGUGUCCUGCUUUGUGCAUCACAGAUCUGACCAGAUGGCAGAUAGCCAUCGCCGGAGGCACUUUGAAUCCCCUCAUUGUAUCUGAGAGCUGUUGCCCAGUGAUCUGUCGCUGCAGCCCGGCCACACUGAGUGUGUUUGAGUUUUUAAUGUCUCAUUCACUGAGUCAAUCACGGUCAGUCAUGGGAAGAUGACUCCCAGAGAGAGCGAGGGCUGAUGUGCUGUAUGUGUCAGAGAGACAGGGACCAGAGCGGAGGAGGGGCAAGAUGGGAGAAAGUAAAGGGAAGAUAGGGACAGAUAGCUGGACGGACGGACGGACGGAUGGAUAGAUGGAUGAGCUCAGCCAGAAGCAUAAGGAGGGUUUGUUCUUGUCACAAAAGAACAGGGCCGUAGGCUGUAGGAAAUGCCAGUUACAAUCACGACUGAUGUCGGCAGUUCCCUAUGAAUCAACAGGCUAAGAAUCUUUCCAGACUGCAGGCGAUAGUAGCCUCAGCUGCAGAGGAUGGUUAGUAUUUCAAUAACAAUUUUCUGUACUCGAGUGAUUUACUUCCAAACCACAUCGAAGACACGACGUGGUUAAAAAAAAUGCACCUACAGUAAACUGAAAUGUUUCAUUGAAAUGAAGUCUAUAACUUAUAACUGAUGCUUAAGUGAACAGACCAAUGUGUAUUGUAUGGUUUUUUUUAUUCUACAUUGUGAAUAUGAGCAUUUGUAAAUGUGUAUUUGUACUGUAUAUGAAAUAUAUUUAACUUAUUUUGUUACGAGAUAAAAAAACAACAAACAAAUAAAUGUGAUUAACUCUUUCCGGAACAAUGUGGAGGACAAAAAAGUGUGGACACUCAGGGAAUAUAAGGUGUUACUGUGAGGCCAAACGUUCCAAAAGAUGUGUUGUAUUAACUUAAACAGAUGACUUAACCAAAUCACACUUUUUAUUUUAAAUGUAUCGUUUACUCUAAGUACUUAUCCGGAUUUGUGGAUUUUUGGAGGAUGGAGCAGUGAACAUGUCUCUGCUACCUGUUAUUGUGAAAUUCACAUUGAAGUUCAGUGGACCCUCGGACAUCGUAGAAUUCAGACCUUGAUAAAAAAGUUCAGUUUUACCCCUAAAGAAUAAAGAGGGUGCAUUAGUUCCAUAAUUCAAAACAAAGAUGUUCAGAUCACGGCAACCAAUGUUGCCAAACAAGUGUCUGUUUAGUGUCUAAGCAAAUACUGCAAAUAAAUGAAGAAAUGGAAAAAAAAUGAGUGUUCAUCUUUGUCAGUAAGACUCAGCCAAAAGCAAAGUACAGUGUGGUUCAUCAUUGGAAGGCGGCGAGUGCUGAUCACCACCACCAGGGGACUCCCAAACAACGAUUUCCAUCCUACGUGGCCAUAAAACUCACUUCCAAAUGGUGAAUAAUAUAAACUUGUCAGAGUUGGGGGUCUUGGAAAGGGAUUAAAGUUGUCUAUAUUAUUUCCUAUGGGGGACACGUUUCGGAUCUCGACCAAUUUUGUCCUUGAACUGCCCUUUGGAAGGAAUUGUGUUUUAGGUCCGAGGGUCCACUGUGUUUGACAUUACUUUGUAUCCUCCCUGCCUUUACUCUGUGAGAAUGGUGUCAAUGUUGUGUGUACUCUGAUAGUACCAGGUCAGUAAUGUAAUAUACGGUAUAUAUUAAGGUUGAAGUUACUCUUUGUAGAACGGCUCCAGGUUAAACACCUGUAUUUUCAGGUAUUCAUAAAACAGAUAUGAAGGGGUCCACGUCAUGGACUGAUUUUUAAAAAAUAUGACAAAAUCAAUUAAAAAGUCACCUCUUUUUUUUCAUUGCAGAUAAAAAUGUAUUACUAUUGCACAUCAACAUUAUUGUACCAGAAGGGUAUGUAAAAUAUCACAGUUUUCAUAGUAAAAUGAACUCAUUUACAAUUCAGUAUCUGCUCCAAAGGCAAGUAUACAUUUAAAUCUGCUUCUGCUUUAAGUAGACUUUUGUAAGACAAAGUGAAAAUAUUUACUGUUGCAAUUUUCUGCUUUAUUAAAAAUUUGAGCUGCUCAACA